AUGCUAACCGGGUCUGCUGUUGUGCAAACGCGAGAGAGGGGGCUUGAGGGCCCCCACGAGUCUAUGCUACCCUCAUUGCCUUCGAUUCAAGAUGCGAACAAGUUCGGCGGCAGCCAUCUACCAGACGCUGCCAGUGUGGCGGACAACUGCAGAGACGGCAGCGAGUCGGAUGAUGUCAUCAAAGCAACGCCGUUGCGUUUCGUCAUCUUGGCGCUGUUCGCUGCCUUUGGCUUCAUCAACCAAGUGCAGUACGUCGCGUUUGCCUCGAUCACUCGCGAGACACAAGCUUACUUCGGCGUCAGCGCUCUCGAGGUGAACCUCCUCAUCCUACUUAUUCCCAUCGUCUACGUGCUUGGUGUGGUACCCGGCUGCCUUGUGUACAAUAGGGUAGGUCUGCGCUAUGGCAUGAUCAUCGGCGCGGCACUGAACGCCUUUGCCUCGAUACUGAAGCUCGUUGCCGUCUGGGCUCCCAAGUACCCUCUCCUCGUCGUUGCCCAAGUGUUCGUGGCGGGAGGGCAAAUUCUCUUCCUGAGCCUGCCCCCUCUCAUCGCCGGCAUUUGGUUCCCCCCGAAUGAGCGAACAGUGGCGACGGCGGUGGCGUCGCUGAUGGGGUUUGCCGGCAUGGCGAUCGGCAUGUUCUACUCACCGCACAUCAUCUUUCUGCCGGACCAUAAUACUCGGAAGGAGUGGGGGGUGUCGAUGGGGUCGCAAUUCGGCUUUUCCACGCUGGUGCUGCUCCUCAUGCUGGCUCUCGCAGGCGACAAGCCCAAGCACCGUCCCUCGUUCACGUCCACGGAACACUACAAGCUGCCGCUGCUCAAGUUCCUGAAGUCGACGUUUCAGUACUUGAGUUUUGUGCUCCUGACGGUUGCCUUCGGUCUGAUUACAGGCUUCUUCACGGCCAUCGCCGGGGUGCUGGCGCAGCUCUUAGAACCCUUCGGCAUUAGCGAAACCAAGUCGGGCAUUCUCGCCUUCUCUGGCAUUCUAGGUGGCUCCGCGAACUGCGCACUCGUCGGCACCUUUGUGGAUCGAACACAUUACUACAAGUACACAGCGGUGACACUCGCGGCAAUCUCGACUGCGCUGUUACUCAUGGUCGUUAUCGUCGUCAAGUCGACGCCCAAUUUGGGCGCGGUAACGUUUGCCUUCUACGUCUUAGUUCCGUUUCUCGCGUUUUUGGUGCUGCCGAUUGUGCCAGUGGUGAUGGAGCUGGCGGUAGAGCUAACGUACCCCUGCCCCGAGACCGUCUCAUCUACCAUCGUUCUCGCUUCGAUGUGCUUUGUGUCUUUUGUGGGCAUGAUUGUCUUCUCUCUUAUUCUCGGAGACAAGCCGACCGUGGACAGUAGUUUCUACGUUCUCCUCAUCACCCUUAUCGUGUCCGCAGUGAGCGUUGCGAUGCUGUUCUUUGUAAAGGAGCAGCUGCGCCGGAAGGCCCAGGACAAAAUCCUUUGCCAGACCGAGAACGGGAACGCUUCUGAGGUUUUCAAGCGCCCGACUCUAUAA